AUGGUAAUGCACACAAGUAGUGAAGGCAUGUUUGGUCACGAAUUCGCUGUGCGGCAUAGGAAGAGAUUAGCUCCAGCUCAAUGGUGGAAGAAAUAUGGAUAUGAUGCUCCACAUUUGCAAAGGCUUGCAAUAAAGAUCUUGAGCUUAACUUGUAGUGCUUCCGGCUGUGAACGUAAUUGGAGUGUUUUCGAGCAAGUUAAAUACAACCAAAAGUUGUGCGAAAGGUACAGUAUUAGAGAUAAGAUUGAUCCCAUCUCACUCAAAGAUAUUGAUGAGUGCAAUGUGUGGUUAGUUGGCGAGCUGGAUGAUCCUGAAGUUGUUGGCACUAGCCAAGAUUUGGUUUUUGAUGGUGAUACCCAUGAUUGGGAAAUUGCAUAUGACGCUUCAGGGAUUGGAGAAUCGACCACAUUUACUCGGUCCAAAAAAAGAAAAGACACUUCCACGUCGUCAAGUUAUGUUCGAGCUUCCAAGAAAGAUACUCGGACUGCAGCUACAUUAGGUAAAGGAAAAGAAAAGUUGCAGCAUGUGGUCGAAGAGAUGACUCUUGUAGAUGAAUCAGACGAAGAAGAAUUAGAGCAAGAGUUUGAGCAAGAAGAGGAGGAAGAAGGAUAUGAAGAUGACGAGGAUGACUACAUGGCACUUGAUGAUGAAGAUGGGGAUGAGGAGUGA